UCUUUUGAAAAUGAAAGUACCUGUUUUUGGAAAACGAGAACUCUUGCAGACUAUAUAAAUAGUUGCGAAUUUGAAUGUAAUGAUCCUGAUAAGGAUAACAUCUUACUUGAGAACGAUGAUUAUAGUAUUACAACUGAUAAUACUUGUAAAAUUUUGGCAACACCUACUACAAAUGAUAGUAAUAGUGAAGAUACUCAUGAAUUUUUAUUCAAUUAUGAAGCAUUUCAAAAUGCUAAAGAAAAAGCUAGUUUAGAUAAAUGUAAUGAAGUUAAUAUCGAUAUAACAUGGGAGGACAUAGACUCGAUUGAAAAAGAUUCUAUUGAAAAAAGUUCAACAAUUAGUUCCGAUGAAAACUAUCUAAUAAGUGAUAUUGAAUCUUUAACUAAUUCAAAACAAAAUAUCUUUUUAAGAUUACAACAAACAUCUGAAUUAUCAAUAGAAAAAACAAAGGAAAUAUUUAUUGAAAUCUGUUCUUUACCAGAUAGCAAACCUGAAGAUUGGGAUAUAAAAAGAAUUUGA